UAAGCAGAAAUGACUACUUAAGUCUGUUAUUUUAUGUUUAAUAAAAUUUAAUUUAACUCCAUUGUUUCGUAUUCUCAUCGUUUUUCUUAUUUUCUGGCCUUAUUUGUAAGUACCUGAAUACAGAUUGACGCAACCCUCGACAGUUGUGGAAAAUGGUUCUUGGGACAGGGUGUCCGUGUAGAUGCCUGUUUAAAACUCUGUCGUUACGUCAGCAAUCGUUCCUAAACAGACAGUCGGGUUUUUUUUUAAAGACCUAGUUGCAGUUUUUCCGAGCGCAUCCGCCUCUUAAAAUACUCCAGCGGAACCUCGCAUGGAGCCUAACAGAAAUGCUCCCGGCUGCAGUGUGAGCUGAUCGGCCUGGCUCAUUUUAGACACGGCUGCAGCCAUGCAGGAAGUGGAUCAUGUCCAUCAGAGCAGCGCCGAAAGUCUGGCUGCAGAGGACAAAGUCCAGAUGAAAGAGCUCGGCGUCCAUCAGGAUGUUGGUAGAAACCAAACAGCUGAUGAUCCGCAGCUGUUGGUGAUUAAAGAAGAGGGUCCCUUUGAGUGGAGCUCCAGUGAGGACGAGCAGGACCCAGAGCUGUUCCACAUAAAGGAGGAAAAUGAGGAAUCCUGGACCAAUCAGGAGGGACAGCAGCUUUAUGGAGAGGAGGAUCUUGCCAGUUUCCCGUUAAAUGUUAUUGUGAAGAGUGAAGAGGAAGAGGAAUAUCAGUCUUCACAGCUGUAUCUCAGGAAAACUGAACAUAACAGAGAAUCAAAACCUCUGUGUUCCGUUCACUUUAUAAAAACAGAACCCGAUGAGGGGCCAGAAUCGACGAUAAAGCCGGGACUAAGCAACUACUUUAAGAUAAAAACUGCUGGAAAAGCUUCAGACUCUUCAGAGACUGAAGUCAGUGAUGAGGACAAUCACUGGCAGGAACCGCUACCAGAUUUUGGAGCAGAAAUUAAGCACAAAGAGAGCAGAACACCCGAUUCGGGCGACACAGCCAAGGCCCUUUACAGCUGCUUCGAGUGUGAUAAACAAUAUUUCUACAAACAGUCCCUCCAUAGACACAUGAAGUGUCAUUCCUCCAGCUCGGGUAGCACAAACCACUGCAGUGGGCAGGAAAACGCAGAUUCAGAUCCAACAGUCAGGAAGAAAGAGAGAGUGUUCAUUUGUGACGUCUGUGGGCAUGAAUUUAACCAGAGGACUAAUCUUACUACGCACAAGAGAGUCCACACAGGAGAGAAACCAUUCAGGUGUGAUGUUUGUGGCAAAAGAUUUAACCAGCGAGGGAAUCUGCGCAACCACAAGCGAAUCCACACCGGAGAGAGGCCGUUCAUAUGCGACUUCUGUGGCGAGAGGUUCAGGAAUCAGGGGAUCCUGCAGGCGCACAUGAGGGUUCACACCGGAGAGAAACCUUUCGUUUGCGGUGUCUGUGGCAGAAAAUUUUCUCGCAAGACGCAUUUCGAGACUCAUAUGAGAGUCCACACAGGAGAGAGGCCGUUCAGCUGUGAAAUCUGUGGCAAAGAUUUUCGUCACAAGAUGCAUUACCAGGAGCACAUCCGGGUCCACACUGGAGAGCUGCCGUUUCCCUGUGAGGUUUGUGGGAAGAAAUUUCGACUUCAGUGCAAUUUAAAGAGACACCUGCGAGUCCACACAGGAGAAAAGCCCUUCAGCUGUGACGAGUGCGGGAAGACGUUCAGUUGCAAGUCACAUCUUAAGCGACACACCAAGGUCCACACGGGAGUGCGGCCCUUCUCCUGCGAGAUUUGCGGGGACACGUUUGCCGAGCCGGGAGCCGUGAAGAGCCACAUCCUGGUCCACACGGGAGAGAAGCCGUUCGAGUGCGACGUUUGCGGGAAAACGUUUAGGCAAAAGAGCACACUCACAAGACACAAAGUUGUUCACACGGGAGAGAAACCGCACUCCUGUACUCUGUGUGGCGCCAGGUUCACACAGCAGUGUAAUUUAAAGACACACAUGAGGCUCCACACAAGAUAAAGCUGAUUCUUUUCUUAAGGAAUGUGUUUAUACUGUAUGAGGUACAGUAUAAACUGUAUACUGUACCUCAUACAGUAUGAGGUACAGUCCUGACCAGAGCUGUAUGUUUACAUUGCUAAUAAUAAUAAAUAUUACAAUGUCUUGAUUAAUUUCAGUGUUUCCAGUCAUCUGGAAACUCUCCUGCCCUACGUCGUCCGCCAAAUCUAACAGCUGCUCACUAAAUUCACUGAUCCAUUCAACCCAAUUAGCAUUUUCCUACAUCCUCCUUUAGUCUUGGUACAAGUUGAGACCAAAGGGAAGAAAUCAAUAAUGUACAAAGUAGGAAUUACAAAGUUAGCAAGGAAAACCUCUGAACAGGAGCAACAUUUGCAUUGAAAUAAGUGACAAAUUGUGUAUUCAAGACUUCAUAAUCUGGUUAAUUUAACAUAUUAGCAGAACUUGCCUUGGAGGAAUGCUUAUUGUGAAAAACAUUUAUGUAGAAAUAAAAAUCAGCUGACUUAAUACUGUAAAGAACCUGACUUAAUUACUGAUUUGUUUCCUGCUCUGCGGUGAAGAACAUAAAAUGCUGAUAUUAGUCUUCAGCUAGCAGCUUUUAAAUAAAACAAAAUGUAAUUACGUUAAAAUACCCCUGGGCAGGGUUUUGCUUAACAGGGAAGUUACAUUUCAACGAAAACUCCUCAAGAGAAAUGUCUGUAAAUUAAAUUGUUGCCGUCUUCCCUUCUGACAAACAUAAAAAUCUUCUGCAGCAAAAACUAUUUACCUGCAAUAAAAAAAAAAGGUUGUUGAUUCCAACAUUAUGUACUUUUGUUUGAAAGUGUUACAAAAUGUAAUAAUGGUUUAUUCACAGUUUCUAUAAAUGGCAGUAAACGGAUGCAUCUCACUGUAUUACUGAU